AUGAGCACUGCGGCAACUCAGCGCCUCGUUUCCAAACGUCAAACUCUGGACGAAGCCUACGCGCCACCGGCCAACUUCUUGGAGAUCGAGGUCGUGAAUCCGAUCACACAUGGCGUCGGAAAGAACCGAUAUACGGAUUACGAAGUCCGCUUGAGAGUAGGUUCAGUUGUAGUUAUGUUAUUCUUGUUUAGACGAACCUUCCGGUGUUCAAACAUAAAGAAUCAACUGUGCGACGAAGAUAUUCAGAGUUUGAGUGGUUGAGGAACGAGUUGGAGAGAGAUAGCAAGGUAAGAACGUUCUUUAAGGUUAUGUUAUGCAAGUUUCGUCAAUUAUUGUUGCAAUGUUGAGUAAUAGUCGAAUUUUUUGCGAGUUUCGUAUAAGAUUUUGAUUGUUUUUCAUCAAAUUUUGUUUAAAAAACAGUUUUUUCAAAUUUUGACUAUAGAAAAUAGUUUAAUUUUGUCAUUAAAACCUUUGUUUAAUCAAUUACAACAUAAUCUAUUGUUAACAGACAUAUUUUUACUGUAUUAAAGGGCUUUUUAAGUGAAAGUCAUUUAUUAUCAUAAUCAUGCAUAAUAAUUUUAUUAUUUGCAGAUCAUCGUGCCUCCACUCCCAGGAAAAGCCUUGAAACGACAACUUCCCUUCAGAUCUGACGAUGGUAUAUUCGAAGAAGGCUUUAUCGAGGACAGGCGGAAAGGAUUGGAACAGUUUUUAAAUAAGUACGUUUUAAAACUGAUAUCUUACUAUAAUAAGGUCAAAAAACAGCGCAAAAGACGUUAUUUUGAAUUUUAUAUUUGAUCAGUUUGUUAUUUUUGUUUCAAUGUUAUUUUAUAAUUAACAAUAGGUAAUUAGUGUUUGAUGAAAAAACUACCAAACACUGAUAUGUUUAAUAUUAAUAAUCCCUCGCUUUCAGAGUCGCCGGUCACCCUUUGGCUCAAAACGAAAAGUCCCUCCACAUCUUCCUCCAGUACAAUGAGAUUGACAAGAACUACGUACCUGGUCGGAUUCGCACCGUCUAA